GGCAAGAGAGCAUCCAGAGGCAGGCGGACUGAGAGGGGCAGCGUUCCCGCUGGAAACAACUCGCACUGGAGACAUUUUUUUUUUUUUUUAAAUGACAGCGAGGAGAACGGAAUGAGCCUUUACGCACUGGAGGCAUAUCCUUAAAAUAAUUACGCGGUUUUUUUUGGAUUUGGAGUACACCACCAUCCGUUUUUAAAUGAAUAUAUUUCUUUAUUUUUAAGAAAAACACGGCAUGGGGACAUUUAUAUGUGGAUUGUGCAGCACCGGAUAGAAGAUCUGACAAGCAAGGAGAAGAGCGGCCAACAAGGCUGCAAAACUAUUUCUCAUCAUCCCCCAAAGCCGCUCGGGUCUAACAUAGCAACUGAUGAUUAGACUACCCGCGGCUGGACUGCACAUAUAAGCGAAGACACAGGCAAGCGUUUGCCCUGGAUUGUAUGUUGCACUCGCUCACGAGGACCAUGUGGUUUUUGCCCAGGAGAAGUCGUAUCCCUUUGCAGAAUUGGCAUGGAGCCCACGAUUGCCACAGUAUCGUCAUGUCCUUGUGGGUAUUAACGUUUGGCUGGUGCUUCGCAGCAGCGAGAGGCCAGAACUACCACCCGACUGUGAACACACAGUAUGGAAAACUUCGAGGAGUGAGGGUUCCUCUCCCCAGUGAAAUUCUCGGGCCUGUGGACCAGUAUCUGGGGGUCCCUUACGCUGCCUCCCCGGUGGGUGAAAAACGCUUCAUGCCUCCUGAACCUCCGUCCUCCUGGUCGGGGAUCAAGAACGCCACCCACUUUGCUCCAGUGUGCCCCCAGAAUAUACACAAUGCCGUGCCAGAGAUCAUGAUGCCAAUAUGGUUCACCUACAACCUGGAUAUAGUUACCACCUACAUACAGGAUCAACACGAGGAUUGUCUUUAUCUGAACAUCUACGUUCCAACAGAGGAUGUCAAAAGAAUAUCCAAGGAAUGUGCCAGGAAACCCAACAAGAAAAUGUGUAGAAAAGGAGGGGCCCAUGCAAAAAAACAGGGCGAGGAUUUAUCGGAUAACGACGGUGAUGAAGAUGAAGACAUACGAGAUACCGGAGCCAAGCCUGUGAUGGUGUACAUCCAUGGGGGAUCCUACAUGGAGGGGACGGGGAACAUGAUCGACGGAAGCGUGCUAGCCAGUUACGGGAAUGUCAUCGUUAUUACGCUCAACUACCGUGUUGGAGUUCUUGGCUUCCUCAGUACCGGGGACCAGGCUGCUAAAGGGAACUACGGGUUACUGGAUCAAAUCCAGGCUUUAAGGUGGAUCAGCGAGAACAUCGGCUUCUUCGGAGGAGACUCCAAUCGCAUCACUGUGUUCGGUUCCGGCAUCGGAGCAUCCUGCGUCAGCCUUCUAACCCUUUCCCACCACUCUGAAGGUCUCUUCCACCGUGCCAUCAUUCAGAGCGGCUCGGCACUCUCCAGCUGGGCGGUGAACUACCAACCGGUCAAGUAUACCCGUCUCCUGGCUGAGAAGGUGGGCUGUAACGUACUGGAUACAUUAGACAUGGUGGACUGCCUGAGGAAGAAGAGUUCCAGGGAGCUGGUGGAGCAGGACAUACAACCCGCCAGGUACCACGUGGCUUUUGGACCUGUAAUCGAUGGUGAUGUGAUUCCGGAUGACCCUGAGAUUCUUAUGGAGCAGGGCGAGUUUCUCAACUAUGAUAUCAUGUUAGGGGUCAAUCAAGGUGAAGGGCUUCGCUUUGUGGAGAACGUGGUGGAUUCUGAGGAUGGUGUCUCUGGAAACGACUUUGACUUUUCCGUGUCAGACUUUGUGGACAGCUUGUACGGAUACCCGGAGGGUAAAGACACACUAAGGGAAACCAUUAAGUUCAUGUACACAGACUGGGCCGACAAAGAGAAUCCUGAAACCAGACGCAAGACUCUGGUGGCUCUGUUCACCGACCACCAGUGGGUGGAACCGUCUGUGGUGACUGCGGAUCUGCACGCUCGCUAUGGCUCCCCCACGUAUUUUUAUGCCUUUUACCACCACUGCCAGAGUCUCAUGAAACCUGCCUGGUCCGAUGCCGCUCACGGGGACGAGGUGCCCUAUGUGUUUGGAAUUCCGAUGAUCGGUCCAACUGACCUUUUCCCCUGCAACUUCUCCAAGAACGAUGUCAUGCUCAGUGCGGUGGUAAUGACCUACUGGACCAACUUUGCGAAGACUGGGGAUCCCAACAAACCGGUUCCGCAGGACACAAAGUUCAUCCACACUAAGGCAAACCGUUUUGAGGAGGUGGCCUGGUCCAAGUACAACCCCCAGGACCAGCUGUACUUGCACAUUGGCCUCAAGCCGCGGGUGCGCGACCACUACCGAGCCACCAAAGUGGCCUUCUGGAAACACCUAGUGCCACACCUCUACAACCUUCAUGACAUGUUCCACUACACAUCCACGACCACCAAAGUGCCCCCGCCGGAGACCACGCAGAACACCCUGUCCACGAAGAGGCCCAAUGGUAAGACCACCUGGCCCUUCAACACUAAACGGCCCCCCAUGUCUCCGGCCUACAACAGCGAGGACAAAGACUCUUGGAGCGACGACAAGGAGUCGGGGCCUCUAGUGGUGGAGAACCCGCGGGAUUACUCGACUGAGCUCAGCGUCACCAUCGCAGUCGGAGCCUCGCUGCUCUUCCUCAAUGUACUCGCGUUCGCCGCUCUCUAUUAUCGCAAGGACAAGCGGCGGCAGGAAUCAAGCCACGGGCAGCCCAGCCCGCAACGCCAGACCAACUCCAACGACAUCGGUCACCACGCACCCGAGGAAGAAAUCAUGUCUCUGCAGAUGAACCAGACGCACCACGAGUGCGAGGCGGGGAACAGCAACGAGGGGGCGCUGCGCUUGGCUUCGCUGCCUGACUACACGCUCACUCUGCGGCGCUCUCCGGACGACAUUCCACUCAUGACGCCCAACACUAUCACCAUGAUCCCAAAUUCUCUUGUGGGCAUGCCCAACCUGCACCCUUACAACACCUUCACGACAGGCUUCAACUCCACCGGCUUGCCGCACUCCCACUCGACCACCCGCGUAUAGCUUUAAGGAGGCCAGAUGGGGGCGGUGGACAGGCGGCGAUGCUGAUGGAGAAGGAGCAAAGGGAUGAACAAAACGGAGCGCAGGAUUGUGUUUUAUAAAUACCACAGAGAUGAGAAGGGCGGGGGGAAGGGAAAGAAGGGCAGGAGUCGGAUUAAAACGUGAAGAGAUUUAACGAGACUUUUACUACGAGGAGCGCCGUGUGAGGGAUCGCUAUGGAUGUCAAGUUGUGCAGAGCUGCCAAAAUCAAACUGCUUGCCUUUCUCCUCGUUAGGAGAGGGGCUGUUUGUGUUGUGUCCUUUUUUUUCUAAAAAAAAAAACAAAAACAAAAAAAACAAAGAAAGAAAAUCAUCAUUUUAAAAGCCUUUUUAAGCGGACUACGAAGAUAGCCUCGUUUUUUUUUUUUUUUUCUUGAAUUCAUAACAAAAACAGACAAGUGCUUUUUAAUUUCCCAACCCUCCUUCCUGUGGCGGGAGAACACAAACUAGAACAAUGGCCUCCAUGUUGAUAUUCACAUCAUGUUUUAGAUCGCUUCUUUUGAUUUAAAUGCCUUACAAAUUGAGUUUUUUCUGUUAUUAUUUGUAUUCCGAGAGACAAUACUGAGAGGACUUGGAUCGAGAGACUGAAUCCAGAAUGGGAACUUAAGGGAUUUGCAGAUGUAGAGAUUUUUUAAACACCAUUUUUUUUUUGUUUAUGCUUCUUUUGCAACAUGGAUUGUGCUUUUUUUUUUUGGGUGGGAUGAGGGGGGGUAGUUUGUGCAGAACAGUUUGUCUAGGACAGCUCUGGCUUUGCUGUGUUGCUGUGAUUGUUUUUGUUAAGAAAAAAGUGCAUCUUUUACAGCCAAUCUUUAUCUUUUAAGCUAUCUGAUCUUAUCUCCGCUAAGAGGUGUGCACUACACAUCCUGCUUAGAGCGUUGUACUAGAAAGUGGGUGAUUGAACUUUUUUAUGUUUAUUUUUUUAUUUGGAUGUACAAUGUGCUCUUUUGAUGGAGACUGAAGGGUAAGACAGAGACAGAAUAAUUUUUUUUUUCCAUGUUGUCGAUUUUGGUUGACCACCAGUCGUGUUUCUGCUGCGUCUCUUGGUGUCUGUCUUUGCGAAAUAGCACUUUUGUUACUUUUCAAAGUUCUAUAUGUCUAAUUUUUUGCUUAAAGAUGACAAAAUAAAUAUAUUAUUUUACAUGUAAGAGAAAAAGAUAGCUUAAAGAAACAAACCGAACUAACUGGCGUGUGGACUUUGUAAGGCUUCUACUUCAACAGCAGCAGACAGUGGCCUGUUUGCACUGAGUUAACCUACAUCAGUGCACACCUGUAUUUCUUUCAAUAUAUAUAUAAAUAUGGAUAUACAUACAUAUAUAUAUAGGGCUUCUAUGGCGUUAUCACUAAUAAUUCAGACAGAAACAUCCCCAGGCAAGACCACUCAAAGUGUCUUUGUAAGAGCUCUAUAUGUAUAUUUAUGUAUAAAAAUAUUUAAUAUUUAUUUAUGUAUACCAGAUGCAUACAUGCUGAUUGUGCCAUGUACCAAAUUAAAACAGUCAAAAACUGAAGAAUAGAAAGUUUCACACAUUUUUUUUUUUUUUUUUUUGGUUUUGGAUCGCCUCUUCUUUUAUGUCUUUCUGUAAUUUCCACUUGAAUAAGUUCAAGAAGAAAUAUUCUCACAGCGAGAGCAAGUCUCAGCCUGAGGACAUCGUCGCUACACCUCCAUCAUCCUCUUCUUCCAUCUCCUCCUCCCUCCCCCUCCGUCCCUCGCUCGCUUCGAACGCUCUCUCCCUGCCGAAACCUUUGAGAAAAAGGGGCCUAACAGCUUGGGGCCUGUGUGCAUAACUAUAUUUUACUGGAAUUCAUGCAAAGUAGUCCUGAAGCAAAGAGAGAUUGUGGAGCGAUUGCGCUGAUCGGAUCCUUUAAUACAUUUUUAUUCUCGGGUUGCAAAACUGCAGUCAUUGGUUCUGAUAUUGGUAAUGGUAAUGGUUUUAUUUCAUUUGAACAUGCAUCAGAUUAUAAUUGAAUGCAUCACAUAAUCAGUUCACAGUUCCACAUGUCCAAAAGGAGUAGGAAGAAGCAAAGCUUAUUAAAUCCUACCCCUCCAUCUGCUACUUUUACAAUCAGUAACUGUUACAUUUGUUCACUUCCUGCUUUCCAUAAUACAGUUUAAGUUUUGUUUUUUUGUUUUUUUAAUAAUGUACCUCGUACCAAAGUACAAGGUGAUAUGACCAUCCAAUAACAUAAUGGGUACCAUAGUAAGUGUCAAUAUAGUGAUAUAUAUAGCACAUCAUGACUGGUUCAAGACUCUUCAUCCUUGUAUUUAGCAAACAUCAACUGCUUGUAUUGUUUCUUGAAUUGGCUCAUCGUUGUGCAUUGUUUGAUUUCCUUACUCAAUCCAUUCCAUAGUUUGAUUCCACAUACUGAAAUGCUAUGGCUUUCUAACGUAGUCCUAGCAUAUAAGUGUUUCAAAUGUAGUUCUUCCCUGAGAUCAUAUUUCUCCUCUCUUGUAGAGAAGUAUUGGAUGACAUUUUUAGCUAAUUGGUUAUUUUUAGAAUUAUGCAUUAUUUUAGCUGUUUGAAGAUGAACUAUAUCAGCAAGUUGAAAUAUUUGUGAUUUUAGAAAUAAGGAGUUAGUAUGUUCUCUGUAGGCGGCAUUAUGAAUUAUCCUUACUGACCUUUUUUUGCAGUACAUUUAACGAGUGAAGAUUGCUUUUAUAGUUAUUACCCCAUAUUUCCACACAAUAAAUGAGAUAUGGGGCGGCAUGGCGGUCGAGUGGUUAGCGUGCAGACCUCACAGCUAGGAGACCAGGGUUCAAUUCCACCCUCGGCCAUCUCUGUGUGGAGUUUGCAUGUUCUCCCCGUGCAUGUGUGGGUUUUCUCCGGGUACUC